GGCGUCGCCAGGCGCAGGGGACCUGGGGACCGCACUGCUUUUCCUGUUGUCCAGGGAGGGGGAUGGUUGCCAUGGGAAGGCGGGCUCUGGUGUUGCUAGGCGACCGGUAGAGACCCCUCCCCCGUCACCCAGAGGCAGGGGAGGAGACUUCCGGUCUCGCUGGGUAGUCGAAGAGACCUUGUUGCUUGGGGGGGGGUCCUCCGUUGCUAGGUAACCAGCGGGGGUCCCGGUACCCAGGGCCGCGGAGGGCGGCGUCUCCACCGCCGGCCCAGGAUGCCAGGGAGCCUUGUCCCUGGAGAGCCGGGGCGCGGGGGUCCCGUGUCGUCCCUGGCUGCCCGGGCCCUGCCCUCCAUGGAGGAAGCCGCCCCCAGGCCCUGGGCCCCUGAGCGGCCUCCGCGCCCCCUCCGCAGGAGGAGCCCAGGACGGCAUGUCCCAGGCCCCGGGAGCACGGCCGAGCCCGCCCUCCGUGUACCACGAGCGGCAGCGCCUGGAGCUGUGCGCCGUGCACGCCCUCAACAACGUGUUGCAGCAGCAGCUGUUCAGCCAGGAGGCUGCCGACGACAUCUGCUGGCCCCAGACUCCCGGCUGAACCCACACCGCAGCUUCCUGGGCACCGGCAACUAUGACGUCAACGUCAUCAUGGCCGCCCUGCAGGGCCUGGGCCUGGCCGCCGUGUGGUGGGACAGGAGGAGGCCCCUGUCCCAGCUGGCCCUGCCCCAGGUGCUGGGGCUGAUCCUGAACCUGCCCUCGCCCGUCUCCCUGGGGCUGCUGUCCCUGCCCCUGCGCCGGCGGCACUGGGUGGCCCUGCGCCAGGUGGGCGGCGUCUACUACAACCUGGACUCCAAGCUGCGGGCGCCCGAGGCCCUGGGGGACGAGGACGGCGUCAGGGCCUUCCUGGCCGCGGCGCUGGCCCAGGGCCUGUGCGAGGUGCUGCUGGUGGUGACCAAGGAGGUGGAGGAGAAGGGCUGCUGGCUGCGGACGGACUGACCGCCGCCGCCUGCCCGCCGGGGUCCCUGCCAGGCCUCGCCGGGCGCCAAGUGCCGGGGAAGGGCCUGGGGCCUCAUGGGCCCGGAGGAGGCCCCGACCCCUUCCCCACUCCCCCGCCCCCCAAGCCGCUGCUGCCUCAAUAAAUGUGUGAUUUGC